AUGGAAAGCAAUGAAAGCACAGGCAAAGAUCUGAGCAAAAUAACAAUGCCAGUGGUCUGGAACGAACCUGUAAGCAUUCUCCAGCGCUUGGCGGAGUCCAUGGAAUAUGCGGAGCUUCUGAAAACUGCAGCUGAACAAGAUGACCCUGUAACUCGGAUGGAGUACGUUGCAGCGUUCGCAGUCAGCGCCUUAUCCGGAAACUGGGAUCGUCUGAUGAAGCCUUUUAACCCGCUCCUGGGGGAGACUUACGAGCUUGAAAGAGAUAAUUACAGACUAUUGGGCGAGCAAGUGAGCCAUCACCCGCCCAUCAGCGCCAUGCACGUGGACCACGAGUUGUACACGCUAACUGGUUCCACACACCCCAAGCUGCGUUUCUGGGGCAAAUCCGUGGAAAUCACGCCGAAAGGAGUUUUCACUCUUUUCUUCAAAAAAAUGGCGGGAGUGUCUUCAUCUCAAGAAGUUGACAGGGCUUCUGAACCCAACUCGAGUGCUGAUCUAGAUGACAAACCCAUACUAAUCAUUGAUGAGGAAGAGGCAGUUAUGGAUGCAGUCGAACCAUUCCCAGCGCAGAUCAAUCUUCCCUUCUCGUUGGGGGAAAGAGCAAAGGAAUUGGAAGAACUCGGUCAACAGGAGUGGGAACAACUACUCGAUCUGGCGAAGAUUGUAAAAAAUCGGUCAAUUGUCGAGAUUGCUAAACUUGGACUGGAAGCCAAAGUUAAACAAGUGGAGGAGAAAUCUACAAGAAAGCAAGCUCGUUUGGAGGUAUUACGUUCCGAGGUUCAUGAUUUGGAGGAACGCCGAAACACUAUGGAGAAAAAACGGAAGGUAGCUGAUCUGAACAGAGUUAUGGCCUCGUUAGCUUCAAAAGAGGCUGAC